UGCUUCACGAAUACGGUCUCAUCGAAGACCCCAUGGAUCCUUUGGAUGUCCUUACCCGGGCCGUGCAACAGAGCACUGAUCUUCUCUAUGGAAUGCCAGCAGAGGAGUCGGCGAGACUGAACGAAGCUGGAGGUGCCACAACGUAUAAAUACACAUUAUCUAUUCGUCUUGGCUAUCCACCUUCUUACUUACCUAAAGCGACUUUUGUACGAGCUGAACAUUUUGAUACCCGCAUUCUGUAUUUUGGUGUGUUUGAACAGCACCCAGAGGUAUAUAACUUGACAGCUGAGGAAUUGGAACUUGGAAGAACCAUCAGGCGGUAUAUAGCUAACUUUGUAAAAAAUGGUGACCCAAAUGUAGGUGACCCGGUCAGCCUCCAAUGGCCGGAAUACACAGGGUCUUCCAGACAAUUCAUCAACCUGGACACGCCCACCACCGUGGAAACAUUCGAUAGGGAGCGCCAGUAUCUGUUUGCGACCGAGGUACUUCCGGCCAUAGUGAGAGUGGGUAAAGAAGCUGACGAGGCUCGAACACUUUCUUCUAAAGGAAAGAAAUGCAGGAACAAAGGUUCGAAAAUGGGUAAAUCUCCAAGGUCCAUGAUGGAUUAACAUAGUUACAUGAAUUUGUCGGCUCAAAUUAUACUUCUUAAUGACAAUGAGAAGAAACGUUUUCAAAUUAGACAAUUGCUAUUUUAUGGUAUACUUGUAGAUAUUUUAUAAGGUUUUUUCAUUUUGUUUUAUUAUGGGCUGUAACGUAAUUAUUAAGAGAGCCACAGUGCUUUUUGUACGUCUUUGUUUUAUGUGCAACCACUCCAUGACAACUUCUAAAUAAUAAACUCCUCAGAACAAUUCAGUUCACUUAUACGAUUUCUUAAGCAUUAACAAAAAAGUAAAACGGUUACGUUAUUGGACAGAUCAACGACAAAAUAAAAAACCAAACAAAAAAUAAUUUGAUUCCGAGGUCAAAAAGUACGAAAUACAAGUAGUGUAAAAUACUAGUACGUCAUUCCCAUACAUUUUUACACUAAACAAUUGUGUAAUUGAGAGAACA